AUGUCAGACCUGGAUGAGGAUCUAUUGGCGCUAGCAGCAGGAGAAGACGGGGAUGAUGGGGACGAGGACUUUGGCGUAACGUCGCAGAAACGAAGCAAGCAUGAUAGCAGUGGUUCGAAGAAGCGAAGAGUAAUGGACGAGGAGAGUGGAGAUGAUGAGGACAAUGAUAAUGAUGCAGGAGACGAGGAAGACGAGGACGAGGACGAUUAUAAUCCGGGGACGGAGUAUGGGUUUGACGAAGGGCACGAGGCCAGCGAGGACGAGGUGGAAGAGGAAAACCCGUAUCCGCUGCUCGGCAAGUACCGGGACGACGCAGACCGCGAGCACAUCGAGAACAUGCCGGAGAUGGAGCGGGAAACACUGCUCUUCGAGCGUUCGCAGGAGAUGCAGAAGUACCAGGAACGCAAGGUUUUGCGUGAGCGGGCGAAGAACAUCCGUGCGCAGCAGCAGCGGAGGCAGCAGAAGGACGGGUCUGCUCUGCGCUCCUCAGGACGGUCGACACGGACGACGGGGCACUCGGACCUGCGCGACUCCAAACUGUCCGAGCUGCGGAAGCAGCGGGCCAAGAAAAGCGGCAACUAUGACUAUAGCGCGGGAGAGGACGAUUCCGACCACUCGGACGACUACGUGGACUCGGACAACGAGGACGACUACGACCCACAUGAUGGGCGCCAGCUAUACCGGGAAGAGGCGGAUGAGGUCAAGUGGGCGGAGGACGAUCUGGACCGUGAUGCCGAGCUGGACGACUUCAACAAGAUAAAAGUCGGCCGCUCAUUUGUCGCCAAGUUCUGCUUCUAUCCUGAAUUUAACCAGCGCGUUCAGGGCUGCUACGGCCGUGUUAACAUUGGCGUUGACAAGCACACAGGCCAGGCUAUGUACCGGAUGGUAAAGAUCGAGAAGGUGUUUUUGCAGAAGCCGUACAACAUGGGGAAGUUCUUCACGAACCAGUAUUUUGGUGUAACGCAAGGAAAGGACCGCAAGGUUUUCCAGAUGAACUUCUUCAGCGAUGGACCCAUUUUGCAGCCUGAGUACGAGCGCUACCUGAACCAAAUCGCAAAGCAUGAUAUUAACAAGCCGUCUCUCUACACGCUUAAUAACAAGGCGAAGGACCUGACCAAUUUCGUCUCGCAGCCCAUGACACCGAAGCUGACAGACCAGAUUGUACGUAACCGGAUGCAGUUCAACAAGAAGCUCACGGGCACGAACGCCGUGCUGGAAAAGACUGUGCUGAGGGAUAAGCUUCAGUAUGCUCGUGACACGAACAAUGAGAAAGAUAUUGCCAAGUACUCUUCCCAGCUUAAGAACCUUGAGAAGCGCAUGUCGUCUUACGAGAAACACCACGAGAACGACCAGACAGGCAUUAGAAAGCUUGAUGCGCUUACUUCCAAAAACCGCAAGGUCAAUCUGGACAAAAUUCGACACGUUGAGAAUGUCAAGAAGGAGGAUUCAGCUACUUUGAACGUCAAAACCGACCCAUUUAGCAGACUGAAAACCCGCACCAAGAUCUACUACCAAGAAAUUCAACAAGAAGAGAAUGAAAAAGCGCAAGAACUCGCUAAGCAGAAACAGCAACAGGAUAAAGAAGAGAAACACGAUAGGAAACAGCAGCUUUUGGCGAAGUUCAGGCGCCUGGGAGGGCUCGAAGAUGCCCUAAGUAAACUAGAUUUUAGAAUUAAGCUAGAUUCGUAG